UUUCAUUGGAUGCAAUGUUUACAAGGCAAAUACCGCUCAACCUUGAACAUGUACUUGUUUUCUCUUGAAACAUGUGAUUGAUAGAACAUUGGACAUUGAUUUUGGCUGCCGUCAAAUCAUUCUAUAUCUCGGAAACAUAUUAGACUUUAUAUGGCGUGGAAAUAUGUCAUUUAAUUGGAAAACCGGCUUGUUGGGGACUUGACAUCAAGUUCGGGCACGAGGAAAAUCUGUCUGGCAACAGACCAAUUGUCCAAGAUUGUUAUGGAUAAGAAGAAAUCAAAGAACUACUAUGCAGAUGAAUAUGAUUCUGCUGAUGAUGAACUAUUGGAAACACUGAUUGGAAGAAAUCGAUCAAGCCCUAACAAGAAAAAGCAAGCUCAGAACAAGAAAAAUCUGAGAUCUCAAACACCGAAGCCAAAGAAAUCAGCUACCCCAAGGAAUAACAAAAAGAAGACUAGAGACCGGGCACAUAGUUGCCCCCCUGGUCAAACAGGGAGAGAACUCUGGUUAGCUGCUGUCAAAAAUAGACAAACUGCUGGUCUUGUGAAUUCACGACACCCGGAGAGUCCUCGACAUAAAACAUCCACAGAGUAUUGGGUGGAUACAUUACGGAAAACAGGAAUUGGACGCAGUACAGAAAGUACUGGUAUGAACACAUUCUCUGGCCUGAAAAAGCCUAAAGAACGAGACAUGCCUUAUCUUAGUACAUCCUCCUACCUACGCCAGAUGGUUGGUGUAGAAAAAACAAAGAAACAUGAUAACCCAACAACAAAGCCGCCGAUAGGUACUCCAGCCUAUCGGACUCCUGAGGAAUACUAUGAGCAAAUCCUGGAGUUAAAGAAGCAAAUACAAAAUUUGAAUCAAGACAAUGGUACUUUGAAGGCAAAAGUACGAAGAGCGGAAGAAGAUAAUAUUAAGAAGGAAAAAGAAAUUGAUGGUCUUCUCAACCCGACAAAGAGUGAGGAGAUGAGACGGACAUUGGGUGACAAGCGACCAGACUCCGGUGCCAUGGUUCAUAGUCUGAAACAGAAAAUCUUAAAGCUGGAGACACAGCUCAGAGACAGAGAAGGAGCCUACGCAAAAUUGCAGGCUGAUCUGAAAACGACAAAGAUUGAGGAGAUGAAGGUACAGUUGGAGGCCUGCUUUCACGAGAUUGUAAGGCUUCAACAGUCCAAGGACACAGGCAUAGAAAAAUCUGUCAAACAAAAGAAUGAAAGUGGAAAGAUGGACAAAGCUGUGAAGGAUACAAUAAUCCGACUGAACAAACAAAUUGAGCAGCUUCGUUCUGAGAAUAAAGGUUUGAAACAGGACCUUGAGCGGGACCUGGCCAGUACAACAGGUGAUUUUGAAGACAUGGACAGAAGACAGCUACUAAGUGCAAUUAAAAAGUUGGAAAAGAAAUCAAAAAGAAGAGAUGAUGAUUAUGAUGACGAUGACGAUGAAUCCUUAUAUUCUGCUACUUCAAAGAAAGAAAUAAAGAAAGGGAAAAUCGCCCUCAAAGGAAGCCUGGAGGAGCGGCUUGACCAGUUGGAUAAGCGAGAGACUGAGUUGUUGGACACGAUAAAUAAACAGGCAGAGACCAUCAAACGUCUCAAAGUCUACCGCAGACGCUGUGAAGAGAAGGAUAAAGAUAUAAAGGCUUUAGAAGAAGAGCUAGGAGGCAGUGGUGGAAUAUCUUCCCGCAGAUCACCUACUCCUAGAACCAGUCGUCCACCCUCUGGACGACGGACAUCCAUGGACAGUACAAUGUCAGAUGACCGUCGGAAUAGAAAGAAGAGUACAGACUACUCUCAGGACAGUGCAGCACGCAAAAUACAAAAAGAAUGGAAAAAGAAACAGUCUGACCGAGAAGAGCAAGAGAAGGCAGAUUAUGAAAGGCGACUAAAGGCAGCGGAGCGGCUACAGGAAAAACAUGCUGUUAGAACAAUAGAGAAGAGCUGGACAAAGUACAGAACGACAAAGAAACAGCGAGACGAUGAACAGGCAGAAAAAAUCCAGAACUUCCGAGAGGAAAGGGCUGCUAAGAAAAUCCAACGAGAGUGGCUCGUCCACAAAAAGCGACAGUAUGAUGAUGAGCUGGAUGAUGCUACAGAACUGAUUCAGGCAUCUAUGCGGGGUCACAAAGCCAGGAAGGGACGUAUGAAAGAAUAUGACGACUAUUACUCAGAUGAGCAAGACUACGAUGAUGCUGUGAAUCUAAUUCAAUCUAGUUUCAAAGGUCAUGUGGGCAGAAAGAAGAAACUGAAGAGAUUGGAAUAUGAAGAUGAAGAUGACUAUGAGCAGUCAUAUGCUGGGCGUCCGAGUUCAGCAAGCUACAGAAACCGUCCCAGUUCCUUGGACAGAAUGCGACCUGGCUCAGGGGAAAGGAUAUAUCCAGGCUCCGGGGAAAGGAUACGUCCAGGCUCCGGGGAGAGGACACGACCGGGCUCUGGAAGUCGACCAGGCUCAGCAAUUUCAAGAGGAAGUAUUUCAUCCAAGCGGAGUUUUACUGGAAGUAUUGGGAGAACCAAUGGUCUCCACCAGAGAAUGUCUGACCACGAGGAUGACCGCCACUACACCACUGGUAGGACUACACCAACUGGGAGACUACCAUACCAACGAGCAUCAGACUACGAUGAUGAUGACGACAUUGAAUUUUAAAUAUGACAUUUCCAGAUAUGAGUCUUAGCAAAAUGACAUUUUUAGGUUAAACAAUUUAUGUCUUUAUCAAGGAGAUGCCAUCAUGUGAGGGUGUAGGCCUGUAAGGACCUUUAGUCGGGUGAUGGUUCUCUGAUCUCAUUUUAUCAUCCGUCCCUAACUUCUAUAUAUUCCAUUUUCCAGUCUGUGAUAUUUCCAGUUAUUGUACUUGUCUUGUAUAUAGUACGACAAUUAAUUUAUGCUUAUUAAAAUGUUGUGUCCUGUUUGUGUACACAUUGAAGCUUAUGUAGGUAGCUGGAUAGUUUUAAAAUGCCUUUUUUGUAUGCUGAAAAAUAUUCUGUGUAUUUGGUCCGACUUAACUAUUAUGGACUAUUUUUAGAAAAGUGCUUCUAUUUAUGAAUGCUAAUUUUGCGUCUGUAGAUUUUAUAAUGGGCAUACUAAUUAAACAAAUUGUUGGAAUUAAUUACUAUGAUAUUAUCUUUCAUACCUGAUCAUUUUUAGGUCAUUGGCUUUCACGAAAAUACCUGGUAUAAAUUAGGGUAUAUGUAACUCACUUAACGACUAUGGGUUUCAUCAUCUUUUUAAAAAUGAUUCAACAGUGUCAAAUUACCCUGACCUGAUUUACUUCACCUUACCUUUUAUUUUUCUUUCUUAUUUAGAGAAAGAAUAUCCUGCUCAUAAUGAUAAAUUUGCUUCAGAUCCAUUUUCAAGGACAACGUGGAAUUCAUACUUUAGAAUCAAGCCAUUCGUGCCACAUUUCAGAUAAAUCUCGUUUCAAGUUGAUUAUAUUUUGGAAUUAACUCCUACAUUAAUAUGACUUCUAAGUUAAUUUUUUGAACUUUUGAAUCAGCAUAAGUGUAAUACAAAUAGGUCAAUUGAAAAUCUUAUUGAUAGCAAUUAAGAAUUAAGAUUUGAAGUGUGCUAGCACUUAAGAAUUAAGAUUUGAAGUGUGAUAGCACUUAAGAAUUAAGAUUUGAAGUGUGUUUUGGAAAUAAAUUCAAGAGUCAAGAUUUAAUCUGUACUGUGUAAGUAGAAUUGAGCCCUAACUUGAACCUGCUCCGUCUUUUUUGAAAGGUUGUCACACAUAAUGCUGUUUUUAGAAAAAAAUGGCAAAUCUUAUUAUUAAAUCUUGCAUUCUCAUCAAUGUUCAAUUUACAGACAAUAGAUUAUUGUAUCUGUGGUAGAGAUUAGGUGUAGUCAGUGUUAUUUUAGUUUCCAUUGGAUGCUGUUAAGAUGUUCUAAUAUGGUCUUUGAAUAGGUAGUAGUUUCAGUCUUUUGGUAUUUGUGGCUCAUUGGAUCUGAAUAAAAUAAUCAUACUAUGAUUAUGGUAUUUACCAGGUACAUGUAAAUAAUUCUAACAUAUUUACAGAAUUGUAUAUAAAUGUAGAGGAUACAUGCUUACACCUCAAAAACACUAGAAAUCAUAAUGAAGUCUUUAGUGAACCCCUGUACCUGUUGUGAAAACCGUUGGAACAGGCUUCGUAGGCCAUUUUAAUACCAUGGUUUUGUAAGUCUACUCUGAUUGAGAAAACUUUUCUGACUUAACAGAUACAGAACAGGAAAGAGAUGUAAACAGAAACUUUGAAUCUUCUGAAGUCUCUAUUGUUCAUCAUAACAAUUGUUCCAGGUUUAUUGAGUUAAGACUUUUUCAUACAUAAGGCUAUCUGUCUCGGUAAUUUAUGGGUUAGUCUUUACUUUCUUACUGUAUUUGGUUGUAACGUUUACACCAAUAUUGAAUAUUCUUUUGAAAAUAUAUAUAUAUAUUUUAUAAUAGAAACCUUUAAGAAAUAUAUUUGUUAUUCUUGGGGAUCAACAUUAUGCUUGAUCUGAAACCACAAACUUAUCCACUAUUUCAUGUGGAAUCAUUAAUUUAUCAUACAUAAGAGGCCCAGAAAAGUUACUCAUAACUCAUUUACCUCACUUUCACUUGUUUAGCCAGCAAUCCAUCAUGAAUUAAUAUAACGUUUAUAUCUGUAUGCUCAGGCAUGGAAAUUUUCCAUGGGUUUGUGUUUUACGAGUUUUGCAUUAGACUCGUCCGUCCAGCUUUUUAAAUGUAUUCCUUCUGUAUAACUUAGGAUAAAACUUCAGAAGUAUAAGGUAGUAUUGAGGAUUAGCAAUAAUGUAGCAUAGUCCUGGACAUUCAGUAUGAUGUGAUCAGUUUUAAUUAAUCAAGAUAAUUGAAAAAAGUCAAUUUCAGUAUAUAAUGAUAGGUUUUUUACAUUUACUUUGAAUGUAAUUUGAAUCGGAGCAAGUGUACACUAGAAAUGUAUUAAUAAGGGUAACAAAGUACUGCUCAUUGUUAGAUCUUGUAUCACAAAAAAUAAUAUAUACAUGUAUGACAUUUUCUAAAAAAUAUUUUCUGAAUGUUACAAAAAACUUCUAAUAAAUUUUAUA